GGAAGUCUUUUUCAAAAGCCGUAAGCGAAAAUAAAAAUAAUAGUUAAUAACGCUCAUUAAAAAUGGCUAGAAUCAAAAAGUAUUGGAAAAUGGAAACAACAAAUGUUAACGAAAAAUCAAUUGUACAGAUAAUGCAUGCAAUAAAAAACUUUAUAAGAAAUUAUAAAACACAUCAUUCAAAGCUUGAAAAAAAUGAAAGUAUUUUUUCUGAAGACAGCUUUGUAGAGAUGGACAGUGGUGGAGUUCAAUUGUUUGAUGAUGAUGCACUGUCCCUCACAGAGUCAUCAAAAGUUUGCAAUUGUAACAAAUCAGUUGAAAAAAAUUCUGGCUUUCAAAGUUUACCAUUUGAAUGCAAGUUUAAAGUAUUUUCCUACCUGAACCCUGUUGAUCGGGCCUCAUGUGAAAGAGUUUGCACAGAUUGGAGGGAAGUCAUCACAAGUAGAACACUUUGGAGUGAAGUUCACUUUUCAUCAUUAUUCACAACUUCGUUAUUAGAAAACAAAUCAAGAGCACACUCCGAUGCAGAAUUAAUGACACAUUCAGAUAAUGAAUCUUCAGAAGGUUCAGUUUUGCAAAAAUUGAACUUUGAGCGAAAAAAAAUGGAGUUAGAAUUUAAUUAUGAAGUUUACAAAUCGAGGAUUGUCUCAUUCGUAAAUUAUUUGAAAGUUUUAAAGCCAUGUUUGAAGGCAUUAAGUUUUUCUUUUGACAUUGGUGAUUCAAAAGAUAAUUGGGGAAACUUAAUAAAAGGAUUAAUUGAUUUUUCUGAGGUGAAAAAUUUAAGAAAAGCUUCAUUAAAUUGGAAAGAGACACCUGCAAAACCGUUUAUUUUGCAAGAUGGCAGUAACACUUGGUCAAACAGCAAUUAUUCUGAUCUCAUUUACAAGCAUAGACGUCGUCAGAGGUCAUUCAUUUCGUUUUUUGAUCACUUCACAUCAAAAGUUUCAAAUUUAGAAUACCUGUCGAUGCCUUUUGACUGGUCUGUUUCUUCUGUGUCGUCUCUGUGCAAAUUGGGACAUUCCCUUAAAGAACUUGUCUUAGAAGAGUACUUUGUACCUCAACAGUGUGUCCAAAAUCUGCUAAAUCAAUUAUUAUCAAGUUUAAUCAAUUUAGAAAAACUCACUCUCAGUCUAGUCCUGGGAAGUGGUCCUGGUGUGAUAUUCUAUGAACUAAGUUCCCAGUCUUUGAAAUAUCUUGACAUUUCUAGGUGCCAAGGUUUAUCUCUAAUCAAAGUAAACAUGCCUAAUUUGGAGGAGUUAUAUAUGAACAAUCAAUUCUUCCACUGUCAAUCGCAUACAGGCUCAGAAGGCAACUUAUUUACUGAACAAAGACGCGUGCAGCCACUUACUAAGUCGUUAUCUUCAGCACCGUCGUCGUCAACAAGUGCAGCACCACCAAGACCACCUCUGAGAUCUCAUUCAUCAUCACCAACACUGCCUCCACUAUCGUCAUCACUACCAGACGGCAUGGAGUCGCCGUGUUUGUUCUCAUUCCCUGCCCUCCAGUCAUCUCAGACAUCCUCACCUACGAGGCGUCGUCACAGCGACCAACCACAAUUGUUGCCGUUGUCAACAUCAUCGUCGUCGUCGUCAUCAUCAACUCCCUGUUUGUAUAAAGUGCUGUUGAAAGGUGCUCCAAAUUUGAAAAAGCUGAACACUUAUUUAAUGAAGUAUAAUGAAGAUGAUUAUGAAGAUGGUACCUCCCAUUGUUACAACAGCAGUUUGAACUCAGUCCUUCAAGAAACCUGUACUUGCCUUCUGCAUUCUAAGCCUAUAUGUUGA